AAGUGCGCGCUGCGCAGAAUGGAAGUCCGAGCUUGCUCUUGGUUGGUCUCGUUGGUCGCGAUCGAACGAGCGGCUCGUCCGGCUCGCCCGGUACAAUCAGCACUCGCGGUGGAUGCUUGGUGACGAGUCGCAUACCAUAGCUAACGGUACCCAGCCUACCUGGCCUCACCUCGCCGUUGCCCACCUCAGCCGCACCGCGCCGCGCCGCUUUACUCAGUCACUCUUCACCUUUGCGAGGCGCGAGCUGGCUUGCUGGCUUCUUUGCCGUGUGAGUGUGUGUUGUUCUACGGGCUCAACGGCGCACGUCGCGCUUUGAGAAACUGCCUGCGUCGACGCAUUUCGCUCCUCGCGCUGCUUCCCCGACGUCUUCGUCGCGUUUUGCGUCGUUUCACGCGCGAAAUAUGUGAAUUACGAGUGUGUUUCUUCGAGUGAUUGUUCAGUGGUAAACUGCUGUUGUUGUGCCCUCUCGAAGACUCGGACGCAUUGGGCAACUUUCGUGGUGUGCGCAAAUAUGACUUAAGUCGCUGUCGGUGCAUUGCCACACCGCUCCGGACGCAGGGACUUCAAUGCCGCUCGGCGAGCGAAGGCGCACUUCAAGCAAUUUACGGGACUGAGAGGAAAUUUGCUUAGCCAUCAACGCCAUCAUGGAGCAGUGGAAUACCGGCGAUUUGAUCUGGUUUGAUCCGGGCAUAGGCCAUUGGCUUCCGGGCGAGGUCCUCGAGUGUCAUAAAAGCGCCAACGUCCUCACCGUCCAGGCCGUAAUCAAUGCCAAGCCACAGACAUUUGCGUUGACCAAUGGAGAAGGUUCUGUUCGCCUGCGCCAAGACUUGGGCACUAUGGGCGUGGAGGACAUGACGCAACUCAACGACCUGCACGAAGCGGCACUCUUAUGGAAUCUAAAAUUGCGAUACGACCGGAAUUGCAUUUACACGUACGCCGGAAGCAUCCUCAUCGCCGUGAAUCCAUACCGUAUGUUUGACGCCAGCUAUGGUAUCGAGGCAGCGAAGCGGUAUAAGGGAAAACUAAUCGGGUCGCUGCCACCGCACCUCUUUGCGCUGGGUGCGUCCGCCUACGCGGCCCUGCCAACUUCGCAGGUCGUCGUCAUAAGCGGCGAGAGCGGCUCUGGGAAGACGGAGAGUACCAAGCUUGUGAUGCAAUAUCUAGCAGCGGUGGCGCCUAGUGCUCCUCGGGGACAGGCUCUGGUCACCGAGCAGAUUCUGGAAGCGGCGCCAUUGUUGGAGGCGUUUGGCAAUGCGCGUACCGCCCGCAACGAUAACAGCUCUAGGUUCGGCAAGUAUCUGGAGGUGUACUUCAAGAAUGGUGCCAUUGUGGGUGCGCGUGUCACCCAGUACCUGCUGGAGAAGUCGCGCAUCGUCACGCAAGCACCUGGCGAGCGCAACUACCACGUGUUUUACGAAAUGCUAGGUGGCCUUAACACAACGGAUAAACAGAAGUAUGGCCUGGUUAGCGCUGACAAGUACUUUUAUCUGAACCAAGGCGGCGGUGAUUGUAGUCCUGGUCAUUCUGGCUCCGGUUCUGACUGGGGUGCCUUGACUCGGGCUAUGCAGGUAUUAGGCAUUGGCGAGGCCGAGCAGGAAGGCAUUAUUAAGGUGUUGGCUUCCGUGCUGCACUUAGGCAAUGUGUACUUCCAUCGCCGGCAGCUGAGGCACGGCCAGGAAGGCGUCGAGGUGGGCUCGGAUGUGGAAAUCAAAUGGGCGGCCCAUCUCUUGCAGAUUUCGCCAUCCGGAUUGCAACGCGCGCUCACGUCUCGCAUUACAGAGGCGCGUUCCGAGCGCGUGCACAGUCCGCUGAGCAUCGAUCAAGCGUUGGAUGCACGAGAUGCGUUUGCAAAAGCCUUGUAUUCGGCGCUGUUCAAUUGGCUGGUCACGCGCGUUAAUUCGAUUGUGCAACGCGGCGGCCUCCACGACGCCGCUAGGAUUUCCUUGCUGGACAUAUUCGGCUUUGAGAAUCUCUCGGAGAAUUCAUUCGAGCAACUGUGCAUCAACUAUGCAUCCGAAUCGCUGCAACUGUACUUCAACAAACAUGUAUUUAAACUGGAACAGCAAGAGUACGCCAAAGAGCGUCUGGAAUGGACGAAUUUAACUUGGAAUGAUAAUACACCCGUCAUUCAACUACUGGGGAAGAAACCGGUGGGCAUUUUACAUCUUCUGGAUGACGAGAGCAAUUUUCCAAGGGCAUCUGAUUCUUCGUUGGAGAAGUGCCACUACAAUCACGCGCUGAAUGAAAACUAUUGCAGACCAAGGGUUGGAGCACGAGAAUUUGGCAUUCGUCACUUUGCUGGGCAAGUGUGGUACCAGGUUGACGGAUUCCUCGAUAAAAAUCGUGACGUGCUGAGACCAGAUGUUGUAGAAUUACUAGCUUCUAGCAAGGAACUUUUAGUUUCUAAUAUUGGCAAACCAUUGUUGACUCAAGCUCAAACCAGAACUUUGCCACGAGGAGCCAAUGGCAGAUUUGUUACUAUGAAACCAAGAACCCCACGAUUCAGCGACAGUUUGCAACAACUUCUAGAAUCUAUGUCCAGAUGUAACCCUUGGUUUAUUCGUUGCAUCAAACCUAACAACGACAAAACUCCAAUGCGAUUUGAUAUGCCAGUUGUCCUAGAACAACUUAGAUAUUCUGGCAUGCUAGACACAAUCCGAAUUCGCCAGUCUGGAUAUCCUGUUCGAAUGAAGUUCCAAGAUUUCGUCGAUCGAUACAGGUACUUGUUACCAGGCAAGAUUCCUCGGGGUGCACCAUUCCGGGACUUAUGCCGCGCCAUUUUGGAAAAUAGCGCUGCUACUGGAACAGCUGGUCCUGAUUAUCAGUUGGGUGCCACUCGAGUUUUCCUUCGCGAAGCCCUUGAACGACAAUUGGAAAUUUCACGUGGUGAGCAACUUCGAGACGCUGCACUCGUAUUGCAGAAAAAUAUUCGUGGUUUCUUGGCAAGGAAACGCUUCGUCAACGCGCGCAAUAGUGCCGUCACAAUUCAGAAGCACUGGAAAGGAUACAACCAGCGCAGGAAGUACAAGACAGUGCGUAAAGGUAUAAUUAAAGCACAGGCAUUGCACAGAGGUAAACUCGAGCGCAAACGUUUUAAGGCCAAGAAGGUGGAGUACAAACGACGCAUGGAGGUUGAAAUGGCACAAGAACGUGCCAAGCAGCGCGAACAGAGAGAACUGAUGCAACAACAGGAGAUGCAGCAACGUGCAAAGGCGCACAAAGUGUCCGUAAAUCACCUGGAAAUUCCUGCUGAAUUGGCAUUUAUCUUUUCCAAACUGGACGGUUAUAAUCCGCCGCAUACCGAGCGCAAUUUGGUCAAAGUUGUGGGAGGAGUUACCGGUCAGCCUCCAAAUAUUCCGCUGCCAUCUGGGUUGAAUCAAUUUGAGUUCGCCAAGUUUACGUCUGUUUACUUCAAAGGUUCCGACCUUGGUGUCAAGAAAGAACCAAUAUCUACUCCGUUCUUGUCUAAAGCCGCUGCUAGAGAUCAAGACUUCCAAGAUGCCGUCGCGCUCUUUAAAUUAAUCUUGCGCUGGAGCAAUGACACUCAAUUGACCGGCGCCCGCGAACGAGCACUCGCCGAUUACAUCGUCCAUAAAGGAUUAAACUCGCGCGGUCUGCGCGAUGAACUUCUUGUGCAGCUGGUGAACCAAUCUUGGCGCAAUGAAAAUGCCGAUCGCGUUUGGCAAUUAAUGUCACACUGCUUGAGUUGUUUCCAACCGAGCCUUGCGCUGAACAAAUAUCUAUUGCGAUACGUCACGGAUCAUUCACCAGCAAUCUAUAAGGAGGGUCUACAGAGGAAAUUAAUGCGCGGAUUUCAGAUGUCGCCGCAUUCCAGAGCGCUCCCUCCCAGUCUGCUUGAAUGGCGCACUAAUCGUCAACGAUCCAAUAUGGCAUUGCCGCUUACAUUAGCCGAUGGAAACGUUGCUACCGUGACGGCUGACUCAUGGACCACGUGUGAAGAAGCUGCUAGCAUUGCCAUAAACCUUGGAUCUUCCGUAGACGGCUGGAGCAUUGUUUUGGAUGAUGCCGGCGCUGUUACCGAUUGCAAUGGUUACGAUUACGUAUUUGAUUUAGUAUCAGAGUUAGAACUUUAUCCAUCUUUCCCUGUGACGCGUUUACCAUUGUUGAAAACGGGCAUUCGACGGUUUGCUCCCGUUGAAGUUGAUCAUAUGAACACACUGAUGAGGCCUCAAGUUCCGCCUCCGGAACCACCAGCACCCAGAAAAGUAUCUCGACAACAAUCCAACUCGCCAAGUACCAGUCAUCAAAACGCAUCUCGAAAGUCAUCGGCUCAGGAUUAUGCUGAAUCUCCACGUCAUACCAGCACGCCAGCAAGAAAAUCCUCACACGAAGCUUUGUCUAGAAGUUCAGCGCUGAAUGAGCGAUAUUUUGAUAUUGAGAAAGUGCGUUCAAGGAGUUUGGACAAUCUACUAAGUGAACCAGAGCCAACGAAUCUGAGCGAGUUGGGUCUCAGUCAAAGCCGACUGAACGAUCGCUAUCACUCAGUGGAGCAAUUAGCACCUAUUAAACCCGUGCUUGCAAAUACGAAUUACAAACAAGACAUCGAUUUUGAAUAUCCAGAUAUAUCCAGCAUCAGUACGAGCAAUCGUGGUGGACCACGUUAUAUCAAGAGUCAGUACAGCGGUAAGAAGGCCCCGCCCGGAUCACAUUCCAGCCGUGCUCACAUUGAAAAAUCAGAGUUUGCCGUACGUAGCUCAGCCAUGUCCGAUACUAGUGAAGCACCCAGCUUAGCCAGUCAUGUACGUCGUGUACGUGUACCCAGCCAGGCAUCAGAUGUUGACCAAUUUUUAGAUGAGCUUUUCAGCCCCGUAUUGGAUGGCAAUUUGGAUGAACUGAGCGACGCACGCUCGUUGGCCGCGAGCAUUAAAGGCGGUGGCGAUAAAACUCAACCUCAAGGCAGUUCCGCACUUGACAAGGAAGUAGAAACGAUUACAAUGCAAGGAACUGAAGGAAACGUUGAUGAUUAUAUCAGUGAUUUGUUUAGACCCAUAUUUGUUAAUGAAAGUAUUCGCACCUUGAGAAAACACAACUUAGUCGAAAGUAUUAAGGGCGGAGGCACUGCUCACCAACCAAAUGGCAGUGGAAACACAAGUUUCAACUAUAAUGCUCCAGUAGUGAGCCCACAGCCGAUGUUGAUGCCUAUGCUGGGGUCUCCACCAGAUAGUUUUCACAGUGUGUUCAAUGGUCAAAAUAUGUCCCUUCCACCCAAUGGUGAUAUAGCGGCUUACCAACAGAAUCUACAACGCGCUUUUCUGCAAUCAGCAAUGGCGCAGAAUAUUCAAAUUCAACAGCAGCUGUUAGCGCAGAACCAAGCUUUGCAACAACUCCUCACUCAGCAAAAUCCAGAGGAGGGUGGUCCACAAACUACCAGAGCUCAGAUUCAUCAACCGUCCAGCCCAAAUAGAAAAUCCAGUUUUAAUGGAAAUCGUAAAACAAGUUCACCCAGCGAUUACAAGUUGCGAAAAUCGAGCAUUGAAAUUAAAAGUGGCGUUCCACCACCGCCUCCAAUGCCGCCACCGUUAGACAGUACGGAUCCAUCGGGUACGAGACCAUUUUUAGAUCCCUACGGACGUGCUAAGACGGUUCGUAGAAAGUGGAGAUGGCCACCACCAAAGGAUGGCACCAACGUAGAAAAUGGUGAAGAUUUUCUACAAUUCAAAAUGCGCCAAAAUCAGAGAAAAGUCACCCGAAUAGAGACAAAUGGCCACUCUGCAAACGAAUGGGAAGAAAUUGAAUUUGAACCUAUCGUAAAGGAACCCGAAAAGAAAGCCUCAGCUAAGAGGAGUUUCGAUAUCGGGGCAAAUCGGCCGAUACCUGGAAGCGUUGGCAAAUUGAAACUUAGUUCUGAAAUGCGUCAACGUCUAGAACAAGUCACCGCAAACCACUCUGUGCGGUCUACCAGCAGCAAAGUUGAAAAACCUGCACGUGUAGUCAAUAAAUUAGAGGAUACCAGGAAGAUGAUGCUAGAGCAACAGCUUGGUGGACGUUGGGGUGAAUCAGUUGACGAGUCCAGCGGUCCACCAAGUCCCGUCACACCAUCACAAGCCCGCAAGUCACCUGUACAACAAAACUGGAAUAAUUGGAAGCCUGGUCCGCCGCCGCCACCAAUCGGUCCAAAUUCUCUGCCUCCAGCUCCAAGCGGACCAGCACCGCCACCACCCGUACGUCCCCAUCAACCACCACCGCCAAAUGAUGUUCGAGAGUCCUUCAUGGCGCAGAGACAAGACCGGGACACGUUUGGAGUGCAUCAAAAUAAGGCAGUGAUGAGCAACAACUCCAAAAGGAAUUCAUUUAGUGCCAAUUGGGAUAUUCAAAGCAAUAUCACGCAGGACACCCAGGACGAUGCCACUAGUUGGGCGAAGGAUAUUGAUAAACACGACGGACGCAUGUCUCGCGAUAGCUGGGAGGAAGGAGAUGGCGAUAUUCGACGCGUGAGCGCCCUGCUGAGCAACCGUUGGAACGAUGACCAAAAGGCCAAAAUACGCAGUGAGCCAAGUGAAAGGCCAACAUUUAGAACGCAUCAGUACAGCAGCAAGGUUGAGAAAGAACGCGAAAAGAAACAUUCGGUUUCAACCAUUUCGAACACGGACAAAAAUGAUGGAGAAUGGCCCGAGUUUAUGCGUCCGAUUAAAACGCCACCGGCAUCAAAGUCACCAACUCCCGUUCAGAAAGAAGUGUCCCUUUCGCCGAAAACAACAUCAAGGCUUCUUCCGCUAGGGACCUCCGCAUGCAUCACUUAUAAUCGCGUGUCUUGGCAUCUUCGCGUGCGCAAAGAAGUAUUCAGCCCAACCGAGCCUCUUGGUUCACCAAAUGCACUGCAUCUCAUUUUCUGCCAAAUCGCUGCCGAUGUGUUCGGCAUUACCAGCACGAUAAGACUAAGCCAAAGCGAGAGACGUGCAGGCGUAAGCAUGCUUACCGGGUAUGGAGUCACUGCGGAAAACAUCAAUUCGUCGCAUCGCGCCAACGUCAAGCGGCAAGUUAUCGAAUUGGCGCGCACAUGGCCAUUGUAUUUCGCCAGGUUCUUCUUCGUUUCUGGCGCUGCUCAAUUUUCUGAUGUGCAACUGUUUGCUGUUUCCCAUUGGGGCGUUCAUCUGGCCAAACUUGACAACGGAGGACUUCAAGUCAUCCGUAGCAUUUCUCUCAGCGAGAUCACUUCCUGCAUUGCACCUAGACCAACUACAGUCAACAUAGAGGGCCCAGGGAGAAUCUCCUUGCACGCUACCAGAGCGCAGCAACUCUCCGAAAUGGUCACGAAGUUCUGCACUGAAAACAAAAGGUGAGUGUUAAAAUUCUCGCCGAUUCCAACCAGGAUUCCGGCGGCCAUCAGCAUCAGCCCGGAACGCACUGAGACAAAUACCACCGUUGUCGCGCAACAGGAGUCUUCAAGGAUGGUAGCGCGCGGCACUGGCGCGCAAUCGCCUUCCAGCCCGCCGCCCCCAUCCGGCAAAUACUCUCUGAUGCAAUUCGCCAUGCAGAACUUCCGUCAAACAUCCGAGUUGGAGCUGCUAAAGAUGGACUCUUCCCUGAAGUCCAAAGAAAAGCGCAAAGAGUGGACCUGGAAACAGCAAACCGAUUUAGUCAAGUGGCAGGCCAAUCCGAUCGACGGGCCCUUAUUGAAGUUUGAAGAAUCUGAUCUUGGACCUUUGGCGGUAGAGUGCUUUGAAUGCAUUUUGCGAUACUGCGGUGAUCUACCACUAACACCUGAAAUGUCCGAAGUCAAAUGUGUUUACACUGUGUUAAUGCAUUGUCAUAAACACUUCCAGCUGCGUGAUGAAGUCUACUGCCAGCUGAUGAAACAAACCACAAGUAACAAGUCAGAUUCGCCCGAAUCCUGCCAGCGUGCGUGGAGAUUGCUGUCUAUUAUCGCAGCAUAUUUUGCGUGUUCAGAACUCGGACCAUUCCUUAUCGAACACCUUGGUAGUGCUGCCAACGACCGACGACGAAUCUGUCAUGGCACUGCAGCUGUCUGUUUGGCGAAUCUCCGCAAAACCCAAAGGUGUGGAGGGCAAAAUGUUCCCUCGGUGGAAGAAGUGACCGCUGUAAGCGCGGGUCGUAGCGCACGUCGACAAAUCUAUCGUCUUCCAGGCGGUGCUGAACGAGUGGUCAAUACCCGAUGCAGUACUGUGGUGGCUGAUGUCAUCAAUGAACUUUGCGGACUCAUCGGCGUGACCAGCGAGGCAGAACAGCAGGAGUUUAGCUUGUACUGCAUUGUCCAGGGCGAUGCGUUUACAAUGCCUCUCGCUGCUGAUGAGUAUAUUCUUGACGUGACGACCGAACUUCACAAGGCCGCGCAGCCGUUCUACCUGAUCUUCUGCCGGUCUGUGUGGUACCACAGUCUGAAGCAUGACGCUAGUCUGUACACAGAGGUGUUGUUCAAUCAGGUCGCGCCUGAUUACCUCGAAGGUCUCUUACUGCGCCUGGCCAACCCCAACCUGCCACCCAGCAUUAUCCGCGACAUGUCAUUAAUCGCCUCUCUACUGCACCGCGCCGCCGACCUGAAUCAUUCACCCACGCUGAAGGAAGUGAAGUUCCUGCUGCCGAAACCUGUGCUGGGUUUACGCGAGCCGCGACCGCCCCAAUGGCUUGCACUGGUGCAGACCAGCUGGAGUCAGGCGGCAGGGUUACCGGUUUCCCGCGCGAAGCAUCGAGUCUUGCAGGUGUUGAGCAACUGGCAGCUCUUUGGCAGUUCGUUCUUCGCAGUUAAGCGCGUUCUUGGCGGUGACAUCGAUAACUGGCAGGAGCACAUCUUAGCUUUAAAUCGAAACGUGCAUUUCUUGGACAUGACCACACACGAAACAAUUCACCACUGGCCGUUCGCCGAAGUCAUCUCCAAGAAGGUGCGCUCGGAGGAUGGCGCGUUGUUCCUGGACAUGAAGUGCGGGAACUUGCUGCAGCAGCGGGUUACCCGCUUGCAGACGGAGCAGGCGCAUGAGAUUUCCAGAUUAGUCAGGCAAUAUAUUACGUUAGAGCAGGCCAAUAGCCCGCGAAGUCCCAAAUAAUUCAAGUGAAAAUACUCAUAUCUGGCGAAAGCGAAUGUAUAUAUCUUCUAUAUCGUUGCAUUGUAUUACUAUUAUAUGUUAUACUUUUAUAUGUACUUAAGUGGAGUUGCAAAAUUACGUUAACAGUUAACUUUACAUACUUUUUCGAUUAGAUCCGCGCAUAAUUUAAUAAUGGGCAUAGAUUAUCGUUUAAUAUUAAGCAUUUAAUAUUCUAUAUAUGAAAUUGUGGUGUUUGUAAUCUUCCAAUUAUUUUCUGAAAAACCUUUAAUAUAACACAUUUUGGGUA